AUGUCUGCAAGAGACGGCCACAGGAGGAAGGAGGAGAACAAGGAGGAAGAAGAGGAAGAGGAGGAUGGGAAGGAGACGGGGGAGGAGAAGGAGGAAGCAAAGAAGGAGAAGGAGGAGGAGAACAAGGAGGAAGAAGAGGAAGAGGAGGAUGGGAAGGAGACAGGGGAGGAGGAAGACGAGGAGAAGGAGGACAAGGAGGAAGAUGAGAAAGAGGAGGAGGGGAAGGAGGACGAAGAGGAGAAGGAGGGGGAGAAGGAGGAAGAAGAUAAGGAGAAGAAAGGAGAGAAGAAGGAAGAGGAGGAGGAGAAGGAAGAAGAGAAGAUGAAAGAAGAGAAGGGGGAGGAAAAAGAGAAGGAGGAAGAAGAGCAGGAGACGAAAGAAGAGGAGAAGGAGGAGGAGGAGAAGAAAGAAGUUGUGGAAAAAGAGGAGGAUGAGAAGAAAGAAGAGAAGAAGGAAGAAGAGGAGGAGAAAGAGGUUGUGGAAAAAGAGGAGAAUGAGAAGGAGGAAAAAGAGAAGAAAGAAGAAGAGGAGGAGGAGAAGGAGGAAGAAGAGGAGGAAAUGGAGGAGGAGGAAGAAGAGGAGGAGGAGAAGGAGGAAGAAGAGGAGGAAAUGGAGGAGGAGGAAGAAGAGAAGAUAAAAGAAGAGGAGAAGAAGGGGGAAGAAGAGAAGGAGGAAGAAGAGGAGGAGGAAGAAGAGAAGAUAAAAGAAGAGGAGAAGAAGGGGGAAGAAGAGAAGGAGGAAGAAGAGGAGGAGGAAGAAGAGAAGAUAAAAGAAGAGGAGAAGAAGGGGGAAGAAGAGAAGGAGGAAGAAGAGGAGGAGGAGAGCUUUGGGCUUGACGAGAGCUUUGGGCUCGACGAGAGCUUUGGGCUUGACGAGAGCUUUGGGCUUGACGAGAGCUUUGGGCUCAACGAGAGCUUUGGGCUCGACGAGAGCUUUGGGCUCGACGAGAAUACGACCUGA